AUGUCUCCCAGGAUCUUUCGGUCCUCCUUCCCUCCCAUUGACCCGAUCAAAGUCGACCUCCUAUCGCACUUGUUCUCCAACCCGAAGAACACGCCUCAUGACAAGCAAAUCUACAUCGACGCCGUGACGGGAGCGGUACGCACGUACGGGGCCAUCAUCCAGCGCACACGCUCUCUCGCGCACGGCCUGCGGUCUCUCGGCGUCAAACCACUCGACGUCGUGGCUUUCUUCAGCCCGAACAGCAUCGACUAUGCCAUCACCUGCUACGCGAUCCUCGGCUGCGGCGCCAUCAUCUCGCCCGUCAGCGCAGCAUACACGGCGCAGGAACUCUCAUCGCAACUGCAAACAUGCGGCGCAAAGCACUUGAUCGCGCACUCAUCUCUCCUCGACAUAGCAAAGAGCGCCGUCGCAUUCGACCCGUCGAUCCUGAUCAUCCAAGCCGACGGAGAGCGUGACGCCAGCGGGUCUCCCACGGCCGAGACUCUCGCGAGCACAUGCCCAGCGAGCGCGCUGGUGUCCAUCUCCCCGUCUGAAGCGUCGGAGCGUCUCUCGUUCAUGUGUUUCUCAUCCGGGACCACAGGAGCAGCCAAGGGCGUCAUGACAACGCACCUCAAUAUCGUGGCCAACACGCAACAGUGGCAGCUUCACGCGCCUGAGGAGUCGACGGGCAACAUCACCAAUGUCUCCUUCUUGCCGUUGUCGCACAUCUACGGGGUCUUCAUCGUCCUCAUCAUAAACAUGCUGGUGGGCAACACGACGGUGCUCCUCCCGCGGUUCGAGCCGGAAUUGUUUUGGUCGUGUCUGGCGAAACACCGCCCGGAGACCGUCCACGUCGUGCCGCCCAUUAUGCUGCUGUUGGCCAAGUACCCCAACCUCGAGCGUUGGGACCUCAGCAGCCUGAGACGAAUCACGUCGGCCGCGGCUCCACUCAGCGUCGAGCUGCGCGAGGCCGUCGAACGCCGCUUCAAGACGCUGUACGGCACGACUCUCGUCUGCCGCCAGGCGUGGGGGAUGACCGAGACCAGUCCGCUGGGAGCCCUGGUGCCGGUCGACAGGAUCGACAAGCGGCACACGGUCGGCAACGUGGUGUCGGGCAUGGAGUUCAGGGUCGUCGACCCGGAGACGAUGCGCGACGUCGACGACGACCCCGUGCGCGGCGACGGAAGCACGAAACCGGGCGAACUGUGGUGCCGCGGCCCCAACGUGACGAAGGGGUACUACCGCAACGACGAGGCCACGAGGAACGGUUUCUUCCGGGAUCCAGCUGGUGGCGAAGCGCCGUGGUUCCGCACGGGCGACAUCGGGUUUAUCGACGGCGACGGCUUCGUCACCAUCGUCGACCGCAUCAAGGAAAUGAUCAAGUACAAGGGCCUCCAGGUGAUUCCGAGCGAGCUAGAAGGAAAGUUACUCGAGCACCCUGACGUCGAGGACGCCUGCGUGGUUGGCAUCUAUGUCGACGCGGAAGCGACAGAGGUGCCGGUCGGGUUUGUCGUGGUGAGCGCCCAGGCCAAGGCUACCAGCAAAAAGGGGGGCGACAAAGUCGUCACUGACGAUGUUCAUACCUGGUUGAACGCCAGAGUUGCAAACCAUAAGAAGCUGAGGGGUGGGUUGUACAUUGUAGAUGCGAUACCCAAGUCUCCUAGUGGGAAGAUCCUGAGGAGACAGCUGAAGGCUGAUUUGGAGGUGAAGACGAGAAAGUCUAGGGGUGGGUCGAAGCUGUGA